UGCACAGGCUCCAAUAGCUUCACGUUUGUUGUAGCAGCUUCCCCGUCUCUGACUGUGCCCACGGUGGGUCCGCAGUGCACCGAUGAAGGUUCUGCUACAGUAGCUGUGACUUGGCCCGCUGUGACUGCCACCGAUGCUGUGGGUGAAAGCAUCACUUGUACUGAUUCUGGAGGCGGAACUGGAGUGACGACCUCUGGUGGAACCUUUGGGGCAGGAUCACACACUAUCACGUGCAGCGUUACCAAUUCCGAUGGAUGCCCAGGCUCAAAAAGCUUCACAUUUGUUGUAUCAGCGUCACCAUCAAUUUCAGUGCCCGUGGGCCCUGUUAUCUGCACCGAUCAGGCAACAGUUACCGUAACAUGGAGUUCAGUAACUGCCACCAACACCGAUGGUCAAACCAUUCAGUGUACAUCGGGUGCAUUGUCUGUGUUUCUGGUUGGAGGUACCUUCCCGGUAGGAAGUCACACCGUAACCUGCACAGUGACAAAUAACGGUGGUUGCACGGCAUCAAAAAGCUUUGCAGUUGGUGUUGCAGCAUCUCCAUCGCUAAUAGUGCCCAAUGUGGACGACCAGUGCACUGAUUUCGGCGUAGCUACUGCCUCUGUGAGCUGGCCUGCAGUAUCUGACACCAACCUGGGUGGACAAGCCAUCUCAUGCAGUGAAGGAGUAGUUGCAGUGCCUCUCAGUGGCGGUAUCGCCUUUUCUGUCGGUUUUCACACCGUGACCUGUCAGGUCACCAUCAAUGGUUGUGAAGAUUCGAAAAGCUUUUCGUUCACUGUCCGACAAUCACCGAUUCUUAACCUGCCAACCGUAGCUGAUCGUUGUGCGGUCCCGUGGUGGGUGUAUGCCCAGGUGUCAUGGCCCCAAGUGACCGCCCUGCACAGCGACAACAACCCAAUCGUCUGUAUAGCGUGGGGAAUCUCCAUGCCCCUCACAGGGGGUUGGUGGUACUUGCAAUACUAUACACACGUCCACACCUGCGUUGUCACCAAUAAUGCUGGCUGCACGGCAGUAGGAGCCUUCGAUUUCUAUGUAUUCGCACAGCCACGCAUAACGGUGCCAUCGGUUGCUGACCAGUGUACCCUGCCUGGACAGAAUGAUGUCGUAGUUUCUUGGCCUGCAGUGACAGGCACAUACUUGGAUGGCCAAUCCAUCAGUUGUACCAAUCAGAACGGAAAUGCUGUGCCUCUGAGCGGAGGCAUGUCUUUUGGUCUUGGAUCUCACACAGUGACCUGCGGUGUUACGGUUGAAAUCUGCAGCACAUCAAGGAGCUUCUCAUUCAGUGUCUAUGAGGGCAAUUUUGUUCCCUUUGGAGUCGCAGUUGGAGAUAGUCGCCUUUCGGAGGAAACACAACCAUCAUCGCUGUCCUCUAACAAAGAUAUGAUCUCACGGACCAUCAGCCCGCCAAAUUUCUUUCCUUUCUGCAAUGAGCUGCAUGAGAAAAUCUAUUUCACAGAUAAUGGCGUCAUUGUCUUUUCAAACGAGCAAAGUCUAUAUAAACGCAGUUACCCAAGUACCACAAAAACAUUCUUCAGUGGCCCAACAAAAAUGGUAGCUCCCUUUUGGGCAGACGUCAACAGCAGAAGGUUUUUUCCGACAAGGGAUGUCUUCUUUCAGGUAUAUGAUGACAGUAGUUCCACCAUGUUGUCUACGUUGAGUGGCAUCGUGACUGCCCACUAUGACUGCAGCUUCACUGCAGCCUGGGCCCUAGUCAUCACAUGGCGCUAUGUAGAAGCCCUCUCACCCGAUAAAAGUACCAACUCUUUCCAAGCUGUGCUUGUGACAGAUUACACUCAUGGCUAUGUCAUCUUCAACUACGAGCGCUGCGGCAUGAACUGGAACAAAGACCUUCUGCCUAACGACAACGUCAUCCAGGGCUUCACCUGCGGACAACCUGGCACUGAAUUCUACCUGGACAUACCGAGUGACUUGCGUUUCCGACCAGGAAAUAUGGUUGGGAAUACCGGGAUAUACGGGCGCUGGGUCCACCGACUGGACAGCCUGUCAGACGAUUUUGUCAAUCCCCGCUUGUUCUGUCGGAACUGGUACAGUGAGCAGGUUGUUGAUAAUUUUAUCCUUUCCUACUGGUUUGCGACUGCUCACACUUGUCCAUGCAGUUGGUUCCAGGCAAUUUUCGACCCAAGAUGGGCAUACAUCGGUUACAGUUAUUUCCUUCCCGAUUCAGGAAGCAGCUCAUCAGUCGCUGCUGUUUGCUAUGUCCGGACGUUUCAGUUUCCUAAUACCCCGGGCCCGCUAUGCUGCUACAGCACACAAACAUGGAGUCUUCUCCGGGGCGUCAGGAAUGCAAUAGUUGCUUCUGUCUUUGAGCAUUAUCCAGUCAGUCCCUUGUUUUACACACCUAGUCUGUUUAACCAGUGGUUUGAUAAGGAAGUACUGCCUCGGUAUUACUGCUGUUCAGCUUCUACACUCUGCAACCUCUACAAUUACUACAGACCGGCCAUGAGUUGCUGGAGAUAUCAACCACCAUUUUGGUUCUGGUUCUGGGGAGACCCCCACAUCAAAACCCUGGAUGGAGUUGAGUACACCUUCAAUGGUCUUGGUGAAUACACAGUAGCACUAAUCCAAGACGACAACGGAGGGAUAAUCUUUGAACUACAAGGCAGAACGCAGCGAGCUACCAAUGUAGAAACUGGUCAACUAACGGAUGCAACAUUCUAUUCUGGGUUUGCUGCAGAGUAUCCAGGAGAAGGGAGGGUUGAAGUGAAAUUAAACAAAAGAGAGAACGCUGAUGGUCUGAUUACAACUGUCAACGGAGACGUUGUCACGCCUACAACAGCAGGAUUGCUAAUUGGCAAUGUGACUGUCAAAAGGGAUGCGUCAACUAACAAAGUAGUCACCAUGUUCCCUGGCGAUAUUCAGUUUACAGUAGGAGUAAACAACAGCAUUGGAGACAUCACUGUCCAGUUUGGGCAAACAUAUCGAGGAAAAACCAAAGGAUUACUAGGUAUUUGGGAUGGCGACCAAAGCAAUGAUGCAACCAGACGUGGUGGUGCUAUACAACCAGCCACCGGUGCUGGCGGAGCGAUGAUUGAAAGUGACUUCUAUGAAUUUGGUGAAACCUGGCGUAUCACUGAAGCGAAUUCUCUCUUCUACUAUGUGAGUGACGAGACUUGGGCAUUAUCAAACGAACACUCCUUCGUGCCAAGUUUCUAUGAAGAUCUUGUAGCAGCUGCAACUCCGGAAAAACUUGCAAGGGCUCAAGAGCUGUGCGGAGACAACAAGAUGUGUUUGUUUGACACACUGGCGACGGCGGAUGAAAGCAUCGGACAGUCUACAGUGAUGCUGAAUGAAAUGAACUCUGCAAGCGAAAGUGCAGCAACCAACUUUCCACCAAACAUAACCGCUUCGGAUACCUUCAGGGUGAUGGUGGGAGUGCAAUUCACAGAACAACUGGAAGCCGUGGAUCCUGAUGGAGACGAUGUUACAUUUGCAUUGGUUGAGCCAAUCGAAGGUGCAUCCAUCACCGAAGACGGUGGUCUCUUCACAUGGACACCAGCGGACAAGUCAAAGGUCAUGGUUGGUUUCCUAGCAACAGAUGGCAAAGCUAAUGGCACGCACGAACCUACCGUACAAAUCUGUGACUGCAUGAACGGUGGCACGUGCCUGUGGGAUGAGUUUGUGAUGGGCACGGAUGUUGUCGAAGACCGUUUUGGGGUGGUGCUAUGCGAGUGUGAUCCUGGCUGGAGUGGUGAGUUCUGUGAAGUCGAUUUCGACGCAUGUGAGGACGGCCCCUGUUUCAUGGGCGUGGCUUGUUUCGAUGAAGUGCCACCGUCGUUGAACAACACCUGUGGACCUUGCCCUCAAGGACUUGAGGGUGACGGCAGGUUCUGUCAGGAUAUCGACGAGUGUGAGCUGUACCAAGACGAGCCAGCCAGCAGCGGUGGACAAGGCUGCGAUCAGAUCUGCAACAACCUCCUCAUGGACUACAACUGCAGCUGUGAAUCUGGCUACUCCUUGUACAUUGACAACAGGCGAUGCAUUGAUAUUGACGAAUGUGAACUGGACCUGCACAACUGUAGCGUCAACGCUGUGUGCAACAACACCCAGGGCAGCUAUGAGUGUGACUGUAAGCCAGGCUUCAGGGACGACUUUAUGGAUGGAACGUCGUGUACAGACCUCUUGGAAUGCAUGGACAAUAGUACCUAUACUUGCGACGAGAAAGCUAACUGUGAAAACACCAUAGGCUCGUACAUGUGUGUGUGCAUUGCAGGAUAUGAAGGUGAUGGCAAGACAUGUCAAGAUCUGAAUGAAUGCACACGGAACCUGGAUGAUAACUGUCAUGCUGAAGCCGAUUGCACAAACACCGUGGGGUCAUACACGUGUGCGUGUGGGGAUGGCUGGACUGGCGACGGCACCAACUGCACCAAUGUAGACGAAUGUGCCGCAUCGUUGCCAGUCUGUCAUGAGAACGCUGAAUGUACGGACACUCAAGGCAGCUUUAUAUGCCAGUGCAACACUGGUUAUGUUGGCAACGGAGUGAUGUGUACGGAUUUGAAUGAGUGUACCACGGGCCAGGACGAUUGUAUGGCCGUUACUGGUGAGUGUAGCAACACAGUGGGUAGCUUUGACUGCAGCUGUAAGGAUGGAUAUACUGGAGACGGUCGGACAAACUGUACAGAUAUCGAUGAGUGUCAGGGAAGCAAUGAUUGUUCUCCGAACGCUAAUUGCACCAACACGGUGGGCAGCUAUCAGUGUGACUGUGUGACUGGAUACACAGGGGACGGACAGACCUGUACAGACAUUGACGAAUGCACUCUUGGUCUAGACGACUGCCAGCAAGAGUGCUCCAACACUGAGGGAUCAUUUACUUGCAAUUGUAGCACUGGUUUCACCCUUCAAGAAGGAGUUUGCCGAGCUGGAAUGAUGUGUUUGAAUACAAAUUGCACCCAGGGUGACUGCUACAGAGCCAGCAAUGCAGACAUGUGCCGCUGCUACUCAGGAUAUGCAGCCGAUGGUGAUCUCACUGUCUGUGAAGAUAUUGAUGAGUGUACAAGCCAGAGUGAUCCUCAUAUGUGUGGUGCCAACUCCAUGUGUGAUAACCUGGACGGCAGUUAUGAGUGUAGUUGUUAUCCCGGCUACACUCUCAAUAGUGACCAACGGACCUGUUCAGAUGUGAAUGAAUGCCAAGCUGGUACCGAUAACUGCGAUGCUAUGAGCCAGAUGUGCGUCAACGAUGAACCCUACUUCACUUGUGACUGCCAGCCUGGCUUCAGCAGCGAAUUUUUCAACGGAUCCUGCUCAGACAUCAACGAGUGUUUGAACGACACCUUGAAUGAUUGCCACAUCGACGCUGACUGCCUGAACAACAACGGUUCCUUCACCUGCCAAUGCAAGGACGGAUUCACUGGCACAGGACAGCUAUGCUUUGAUAUUGAUGAAUGUUCCUUGCCCACCAACGACCCGAACUACGCCAACUGCAGUCCCUUCGCAUCGUGCACCAACCUGGUGGGCUCAUUCCAAUGCAACUGCACCAUGGGAUACGAAGGGGAUGGGCAAACUUGCGAAAAUGUCGACGAGUGUGAGAGUGGGAUCCCCGUGUGCGCUACCAACAGUACCUGCACGGACAACCCAGGCAGUUAUCUCUGCACGUGCGACGAUGGUUUCCGUGGUGAUGGCUUUACUUCGUGCGUCAACAUCAAUGAGUGUCAGGAGAACCCUGGCGUGUGUCACUCCUUAGCGACGUGCACAGACACCGAGGGGAGCUAUCGCUGCGACUGUAACCAGGGUUACCAAGGAAAUGGAACAUAUUGUGAAGAUGUAAAUGAAUGCAUGACCGGUACCGAUGAGUGUGCAGCCAACAUUGCCGAGUGUACGAACAAUGUCGGUAGCUACAUGUGUUCCUGCAUAGAAGGUUAUGUCUCUGCAGGCUUCCCAGCUGGCAGACAGUGCGAUGAUGUUGAUGAGUGUGCUUUGAAUACUGACACCUGCGAAACAUCAACCUCUCAAUGUAACAACACUAUCGGUAGCUACGUGUGUGAUUGCUUGGAGGGGUAUGAGAAGAUAUUGGGCCAAUGUGAAGAUGUGAACGAAUGUAAUGGAGGUACUCCAUGUACGAUGGUCAACUCAAUGUGCGCUAAUCUGCCAGGGACGUAUGAGUGCAACUGCAUGUUAGGAUUCUAUCAAGAAGGCGCAACAUGUCGGGCGGCUUAUUCAAAAGCGUCAUCUGCCGUGUUUGAAAUCAUCAGUGGCUUGGCUGUGGGCGGUGCUGGAUUUGAUCUGGCAACAGGCUCCGUCACCUACCGCCAAGAUUUGAAGAAUUCGAUGGAGGCAGCUUUCAUAGCUUCCUCACUGACUAGCUCCUUCAGGGAUGUGGUCAUCACAGACUUGACGCUCAACUCAGACUCAUCAACAGCUCUGCUGGAGUUGGUCAUCAACUUCGACAGUGGCUCUGGACACUCGGAUCUGGACAUCAUCAUGGCAUUGCUUGGCCAGGUGACGGGUGGCAAUGGGGGUCAGCUGGCUCCCAACCACCAGCUGAUCAGACGGACAUUCAUCAUCGGCGACCCCAAGUGUGAUUCAGCGCCCUGCGAGAACAGUGGUGAGUGUGUUGAAGACAACUUGGCCACGGGAGGAUACACGUGCAGCUGCCCGCCGGGCUACAGCGGACAAAACUGCCAAGUUGCACCUUGUGACGUCAACCCUUGUAUGAAUAGUGGGAAUUGCGCAGUUGACUCGACAUCGGACACUGGAUACACCUGUAGUUGUGGUCAGGGGUUCAGUGGCCCGCAGUGCGAAACAAUAGCACCUUGUCAAAUGGGCAACGACUGCGUAAAUGGAGCAACUUGCAACGACGCUCUGAACAACCCUCGUGGAUACACCUGCAGCUGUGACGUAGGAUUUAUGGGAGAAAACUGUGAAAUAGAGUGUACGCUUUCAUGUGCGAAUAGCGGAGAACUUGAUCUUGCAGAAUGCACGUGUGCAUGCACUGACAACUGGAGCGGACUGAGCUGUAACGAUUGCGCAUUGGACUGCAUGAAUGGUGGUAAUGUGAAUCAGGCGACUUGCCAGUGCACAUGCAUAAACGAUUGGAGUGGAACGACCUGUACUGAGUGCAGCUUAAGUAGCUGUCCGCCAGGAGAGAAUCUGUUCACCAGUACUUGUCAAUGUUCAGCUUGCUCAUCCACCUGUCUCAAUAAUGGAGUGCAGGAUCAGACAACUUGUGAGUGUACAUGUGACAGUGACCAGAACUGGACAGGGAAUGACUGCUCAGUAUGUCCGUUAGAAUGCGCAAAUGGUGCACAGCUGAAUAGUCAGACCUGUGAAUGUCCAUGCACAGGUAACUGGAUGGGAACAAGAUGCUCUGAUUGCCAACUGAUCUGUGCAAAUGCUGGGAAUCUCGAUAGUGAGACAUGUCAGUGUUCAUGUACAGGUAGCUGGACUGGAACCACCUGUUCUGACUGUCAAAUUUCCUGUGCAAAUGGAGGUACACCGAAUGACGGAACGUGUCAGUGUCAAUGCGACCAAAACUGGAUGGGAAAUACCUGCACUGACUGCAACUUGAAUUGCAUGAAUGGCGGAACGCUCAACACUGCUACUUGCCAGUGUUCGUGUGCACAGAGCUGGACUGGAGCUGACUGUUCAGCGUGCCCGCUGUCUGCAUCCAGUUGCCUGAAUGGAGGUGAAUUCGACUCAGACUUUUGUGAGUGUCGUUGUCCGUACGCUUAUGCUGAACCAACUUGUGCAGCUGCCAAUCCAUGUUUGUCAGACACCUCUCUGUGCCCAAAUGCUGCAGGGAAGUUCUGUCAACCGGCUACGAAUGCUGUGGGCUACACAUGCGAAUGCAAUGGUUAUCAAGGGUUCUUCACUAACAGUGAUGGUUCAUGUACACAACGAGGGUCCGCACUCCGAUUUGUCAUGUCAUUAGACCUGCUUUUCCUCAGUGCCUACCGUAACCCAGCAGCUGCUGCUUGGAAACAACUUGCCAGAAGGGUUGUUUCAGCGAUUCUGAGCAAACUGCGGGGAGAUAGUUUGACUAACCGUGUGAUUGCCGUACAAGUUUUGAGAUUUGAGAGUGGCAGUGUGGUUACACAUAUUGCGCUAGCAUUCCAAGGGCAACAACCAUCGGUGGAUGUCAUCACCAAUGUGAUUGCAGCGGGUGGCACAAUAAACGAUGGUGUUACAGACAUAGCUCUUGUACCGGACUCUGUCAGCUACACAAACACAUCACUGUUAUCAGACUGCACACAAGAUGGUUGUAUGAAUGGCGGAACGUGCGAGAGGACAGGCUUCAACCCUCAGCUAACCUGCAGUUGCCCAGCAUCAUUUACUGGCGACCAGUGCGAGACUCCAGUACCCACGACAGCCCCAGAGACUACGGCAGCCCCAGGAGGUGGUGUUUCACCUUUAGCUACAGUUCUCAUCAUAGUCGGAUGUGUUGUUCUCCUGUUGGCUAUAGCAGGAAUAGCCAUGUGUUUCUGCAUGCUAAUGAGGCGUCAAUAUAGUAAGGCUCAGUACUACCAUCAGUCAAGUAGACAGUUCCGAUCUAGUAGGGAACCCUUCGAUUUUGGAGAUCGCAGCGUGUCCUCUGACGAAGGCUACAGUGCAACCGACUACAGGGAGGAAGAAAGGAGGAUGAAUCGUCUCGCUCAUGUCAUGAGCCAGUCACCUUACAUACAGUCUAUGCAGAAUCGCCAAGACUUCAUCCGACCAUACGUGGUGACUGGGAACGAGGCAUUGGAACGUUACCGAGAAAACGAAGCGCGUGAUGGAAGGGCUCAUGCAGGCCGCACGGUGUACAAUCCCGCCCUCUACUACUAAACCUCGUCACUGGUCACAGCUUCCAUAGCUGCAGAUGCAGCUCUGCGACAAGUAAUGCCCAUGGGAUAAGUAGACUGAACGACUAAGCGACGGCUUGCAGCUUUACCAUGAUUACCAGUUCCACAGUUAUCCAAGUUCUUGUGUGGAAUGAAUCCUCACACAUACUGCAUUCACCCAGUUUGGUACCGUGUCUCUCCCCAUCUUAUUCUUGAUUUGAGGUGUUUUCUUGGUUCUUGUAGGAGAAGACAAAGCAAACACCCAUUUUCAAAACUAACCUCUUAAAAAACUAUCUCAGUUGAAACUUGUUUUGAAUCCAGUGAAGCAUAUUUGUUUUAUACCCCUUUUUUCAUGAUUUUAAUUUCAUACACUCAUCCCCACCAGAGGGGGGCAUUUACUGAUGUUAAAUAAAACUAAACAUAUCUUACUUUGUGGUUGGCUUCAUUACUAUUACAUAAAGAUAAAAUACAUUCUGUGUUAAUAUGAUCUGAAAUUUCUCGGCCCCCUUAUCAUCAUCAGCCUCACACACUACCGCACAUGUAUUCCAUAUUUUUUGUGGGUUACCUUUUGAAAUUCUACACAGUCUUGGAUGGAACUGUUAACUGAUUGUGGUAAAGCAGCUUUUUUAAGUUCUUUGUUCUUCAUUGGUGUAUUUAAUCCAUAAUAGGGUUACGAGGUCUGUUUUUUUAUGUAAUGAGAAAACUAAUGUCUUUCAUUUUUAAACAUAAGCAAUUCUUAGGAUUUGUUACAAGUUAUAUGCUGCUGUGUAUUUUGAUCAGCUCUUAGUUAAAACAUUUUAUAAUCUAUUUUUUAUUGUAUUAUAUUAGUGAGCGGAUGGAAAAAUGAAUACUCUGUGUGUUAAAGAAAGAGUGUUGUUGAAAGAGUGUAUUAUGGAGCCAACACUCCUUUUGAGUCUUGAAAGUAGUGUUCCUGUCGAAUUUAGAACAUUCGAAACAGUUUAUAUAAUCGCCGGCUUAACAUUGCAGCUGCGUUUUGAAUUACCAUCCGCUGUAUUUUAUCAAGGCAUAGAAACGUAAACUUUUUGUGCUUAAUCUAUUGUAAUGGGCUUAACUCGGAGUAAUGACAUAAAUGACAACAGUUAAAUCCAGACUUCCAAGGGAGAACAGUUCCUAGACAUCCGGUGGGGCUACCCAGGUAAAACAAAACAAUCAAUUAACACCGUCAUGAUUUAUCCUUAGCUUAGCUUAAGCAGGCCCUAUCAACAUUUUUUUCAUUCGGAAGUUUACAGUAUCAUAUCAUUUUAUGUCGGUUUGUCCAAAUCAAAGUUUAUGAAACUUAUUUUCUUAGCAGCGUUUUAUGACUUAAUAGUAAAGGCCUAAUUAGAUCAAAGUAUAUAUUUUGUCAUCCUGAAGUUGUAUUUACGAAUUGUUGACAGUUUUUUAAAGUAUAGUAUUGUAUCAAUUUGAAAUAUUAAUUGGAGUUUCUCUGAAAUAAACCUAUCGCGGUAGGAUCGCAUCAACGAA